AUGCAGUGCUUUGAGACUGUCCUGCUCAGUCCGGAGCAGCAGUUGCAGCUGGCACAUUGGAUUGCAGAGGCAGACCCUCAUGGCAGUCAUACCUUUGAGCUUUUGUUUCGAGCUUCCAAUGAUGGUUUUUGCGCUGCGGCUUUCCAUGAUAGGUGCGACAGGCAAGGGCCCACAGUAGUGGUGGCCAGGAAAACAGACGGUUACUUGUUUGGGGGCUACACUGACAUGUCCUGGGAUUGCAACUCUCAGUGGAAGCAGUGCAAGCACGCUUUCUUAUUCUCCAUUUCUGGCGCCAACAAGCGGAAAUACCCCAUCGUUUGGGGCCGGUUCAAAAAAACAGGAAUCUUUUGUGGUGCAGAGCAUGGAGCGACCUUUGGUCGGGAGGCGGCAUGGUCUGAGCACGACAUGAACUUGUUCCAUUGUUGUGCCACUACAGCAGCCCGGUUCUGCCCCCGCGUUGGCUUUUGUGACGGCGACAACUCCGACAAGUUGUCAGUCUCGUGUCAGGUGGACCAGGUUGAGGCAUUCGCCGUGCGAGCCUGUGCUAAGCACGAUGCACGUGCAGGCUCACUUCCCGAAGCACCUCCAGUUUCACAUGCAAGCUCUCUUCAACCGGGGCAUGCGUCUCUUCUCGAAGCAUCUCCUAUUUGUAGCGAAGCACCUCAAUGUUCCCACUCAGGGAUGCCUGACCAUGCCCGCUUUUGCAUGCACUGCGGGCAGCCUUUGAGGCGAUCGCAGGCCCGAAGCAGGUCGCCCGACAUGCGUGGCAAGUUUCGUGACGAUGGCGGGCUGGAUCUGGAGAUCGUGGGGUUCAAGCUUUUUCCUGAGGAGGAAUGUAGUGAUCACCAUGGGGAUGAAUUGCUUUGGGAUCGCUUUCGUGCCCGUCUCCUGGAUUUUCAUUCCGAAAGUUGCAAAAACUGGGAUGUGAAGGAAGAGAUUGAGGAGACUGGAGAGGUUGUCACCGUCCCCAUUGGUGCAGUAUUCAACCUCCAGCAGCGGUGCAGCAGUCGGUUCCGAGAUGGUAGAACACUCGAGCAGACCAUUCGGCAAUUGAAAAACGGCCAGGUCAAUGAAUUGAAGCACCCAAACUUCGUGCUGAAUGUGGCCAAGGCUUGUCUCAACGGCCAUGCGCUCUACUGGACUUUAGACCACAGGCGUUUCCUGUGCAUGAAGCUGGCCGGCAAGCAGCAUGUGCGUGUGAGGAUUGUCCUGGCAGGCCGUGCGUUUGAUGACUUUGCCCGUAAAGCUCGGGAGCGUCUUGGACGUGAUGAUGUCAUUCGAGUGAAUGGAUCGUGCGGCUACUUGGUCUUUUUGUUUGUGGCCGGAGAACCCAGAGAGGGAAGGAGAACCUUUCAGUUGUUGGAAGCAGAAGAGAUUGCAAUCAUGGAGACAGCCUCGAUCACCAUCUCCAAGAAGAUGAGCGAGCUCGAUGAGCGCGUGAAGGCCGUCGAGAAGCCCGAGGAAGAGAUGUAUUGGAGGGUCUUGGCCUACUGCACGGCUUGCCGAACACCUUGGUGCAAGCUGCCCUGGCGGAAGCACACCUGUCUCAAGGGUGAUGCAAAAGCCGAAGGUACCCAGGGCACCCGCUGCGACAUGUCAUGGGAAGCCUACACCGAUAUCCUGACGAAAUCGGUGCCCUUGAUCUCUCACAAGAAGGCGCAGAUCCUCACUCGCGAGUGCUGGCGCUCGGGCGACGCUGACCCCAGUGGCAUCGGCGUGGUCACGGUGUGCAUCGUGCCGAAGGUGGCGGCCGAGGAGUACGGGAACGAGCUGGGCCGGAACGGUGCUGGGACCGAGUGA